UCCUAUGUCGGUGAGGCAAGGAGGAGGCGGAGUGACUCGGCGGCCAUUAGCUGUGUGUAGUUGUCUGGGACUAGGAGCUUAAGUGAGGAGAGAGGGAAGCGUUAUUCGGUGGAAGUCUACCCGUGGUCAUGGGCUCCUGCCGCAGACAGUCUUAGAGUACGGAGCUAGCGAGCUUCUCGGCUCUCUGCCCCGCCCAGCGGCGGGGCCUACUAGGCCGCUGGGUAUCCCCGGUCUCUAGUAGGCCUCAUCUGCCGGCAAAGGCGCCCCGAAGGCGGGAGGCGCCAUGUCGCUGGUUGCUUACGCCAGCAGCGAUGAGAGUGAGCCGGAUGAGGCUGAGCCGGAGCUGGAGGAAGAGGAGGCGGUGGCCCCUACGUCUGGGCCCACUUUAGGUGGCUUGUUUGCAUCUCUCCCUGCACCCAAGGGCCCGGCCUUGCUGCCCCCGCCCCCCCAGAUGCUGGCCCCAGCCUUCCCCCCGCCGCUGUUGCUGCCCCCACCCUCUGGAGACCCCAGACUCCAGCCUCCUCCUCCUUUGCCCUUCGGCCUGGGAGGCUUCCCUCCACCUCCGGGAGUGAGUCCGGCAGAAGCGGCGGGAGUUGGGGAGGGGCUGGGACUGGGGCUACCGUCGCCCCGAGGCCCUGGCCUCAGUCUGCCCCCCUCUAUCGGCGGUGCCGGGCCCCCCUUGGGGCUUCCCAAGCCAAAGAAGAGGACAGAACCGGUGAAGAUCGCAGCGCCGGAGCUCCAUAAGGGGGAUUCAGAUUCUGAGGAAGAUGAACCUGCAAAGAAGAAAAUGGUCCUCCAGGGAUCCGGCGAGGGAACUGGUUUAUCUGCCUUGCUUCCCCAACCUAAAAACCUGACUGUGAAAGAGACUAAUAGGUUGCUCCUGCCCCAUGCCUUCUCCCGGAAACCCUCGGAUGGCUCCUCUGAUACUAAGCCCUCCAGAUUGGCUGCUAAGACCAAGCCCGCCUCUCUUGCUCCUGUUGUGGGCACCACAACCACCACUCCAUCGCCCUCUGCCAUCAAGGCUGCUGCCAAGAGUGCUGCCCUGCAGGUGACGAAGCAGAUCACGCAAGAGGAGGAUGACAGUGAUGAAGAAGUAGCUCCUGAGAACUUUUUCUCCCUCCCUGACAAGGCUGAGCCACUUGGAGUUGAGCCAUACCCUUAUCCUGUCCCCACUGUCCCUGAAGAGCUGCCUCCAGGCACAGAACCAGAGCCAGCUUUCCAGGAUGAUGCAGCUAAUGCCCCCCUUGAGUUCAAGAUGGCAGCUGGCUCAAGUGGGGCCCCUUGGAUGCCUAAGCCUGGGGACGACUACAGCUACAAUCAGUUUUCUGCAUAUGGCGAUGCCAAUGCUGCUGGUGCUUAUUAUCAGGAUUAUUACAGUGGUGGCUACUACCCUGCACAGGACCCGACUCUGGUUCCCCCCCAGGAAAUUGCCCCAGAUGCCUCCUUCAUCGAUGAUGAAGCAUUUAAGCGGCUACAGGGCAAGAGGAAUCGAGGGAGGGAGGAAAUCAACUUUGUGGAGAUCAAAGGUGAUGACCAGCUCAGUGGGGCCCAGCAGUGGAUGACCAAGUCAUUGACAGAAGAGAAAACCAUGAAGUCAUUCAGCAAAAAGAAAGGUGAGCAGCCCACAGGUCAGCAGCGGCGGAAACACCAGAUCACAUACCUGAUUCAUCAGGCUAAAGAGCGGGAGCUGGAACUGAAGAACACCUGGUCAGAAAACAAGCUCAGCCGCCGGCAGACCCAAGCCAAAUAUGGAUUCUAGGGCUCUGGAACUGAUCUUCCAGGAUCUUCUGCCAGCCCAGGUGGCCCGGCCCCCAGCUUUACCUCCGGGACCCCAGCUGCUCUCAGCCCAGGACCUCUUUCCCUGAGGACCCAGCCCUUGCCUCUGCAAGAAGGAACCUAUUUGAUAGAUUUUUCUUAACCAGUUAGAAAUGCAGCUCCUUUCUGUGCUGGAGCUUGCAAAGACUUGAGCGACGCCUCUGAAGGGGCUCUUGAGUUCUUGGAUGGGAGUUCUGCUCUCUGGCGGGUAUGAUAAAAUGUUGAACUCUCCCCGACUUUUUUUUUUUUUUUUAAACCAGGGAUGUUUGUUGAAAUAAAACAUUCAGUCUGACAGAUGCUGCCUUCCACAGGCAGAUCUCUGUGUUGAGUUUGUGUGAAGUA